CUAGAGACCGACUGCCUAAUGAGUAUCUGCACAACAACCGAUGUCUAUUCAGCUGCUUCUCUAAUCGGUCAAGAGCUACAGCUUUUGAUCGAUGAAUAUGGAGCGGCGGAUUUCGAGUGUCUUAUGUAUAAGGUUAUACGCGUUCUGGAGGAGCUUGAAUUCUGUGUCAGCCAUUAUACUGAUACAGAACGGUUAAUUGGUGAACUCCAAGAACAGCAUGAUGCGCUAAAGAGUGAGCGCAAUGAACACGACUUUCAGGAUUUCGCUUUGGCAAGUUGCAUGAUUGACUACCAUGACCUGGACCAAAUGCAGCAGAGUUGGUACAACGAAACUCAAAGGCUGUUGGAUCGAAUUUCAGUGCUGGAGUCCGAGAAUCAUCGGCUGAAGCGCCAACUAGAGAAUGCUGAAGUGGAGCCGGAGAUGAUUGAUACGCAGCCCUGCGUUGCGGAUUUGGUGGCAGGAUAUGAGAAGCAUCUGCACCGACCUCUCUCUCUACCCAUAAAAUCCUGCGAGGUGGACUCGCUUCUGGCGCAUACCGAGGAGCGUCUCCUCCUCACCCAUCAGGAAAUCUUACAUAAAGAGCUUCACAAGGCUCAUAUUUUUAGUUCUUCCUAUCAGACUCUCUUAACGUGA